AUGACUGACAACGAUGCGUCCGGAUCCCACAUCCUCAUCACCGGCGCUGCUGGCUUCAUAGGCCAAGCUCUGGCGGCAGCAUUACUUCAAGAGCCCUCUGUCACCAGGAUCGUUCUUACAGAUGUAGUCGCGCCUACAGCCCCUCCAUCCAGCGCCAACACGGCAGACAAACACGAGCGUCGUGAGAUCCACACGAUAGCAGCAGAUCUUACGUCUCCCACCAUAUGCCAGAAGCUGUUCACCCCGGACCUCACACAUGUCUAUCUCCUCCACGGUAUUAUGUCAGGGGCCACAGAAGCAAAUCUUGAGCUUGGCCUCAAAGUCAACUUGGACUCCAUCAGGCACAUACUGGAUGUCCUCCGUGGACGUGACAGGCCAGCCCGCGUCGUCUUUCCGUCCAGCCUUGCUGUUUUUGGGCCAUCUGAUGGUGUCGUUGUCAGCGAGCAGACCAUGCCGCUUCCUCAGUCAUCAUAUGGCGCUCAAAAGUCUAUGGUGGAGAUUCUGCUCAAUGACUUUUCACGAAGGCGCCUGAUAGAUGCGAGGAUUGUGCGUUUGCCUACCAUCAUCGUGCGCCCUGGGAAACGGACAGGUGCUGCGUCGUCUUUUUGCUCGGGCAUCAUAAGAGAACCCCUCAAUGGAGAACAGGCUAUCUUGCCGGUGCGAAAGGAUCUGAGCCUCUGGGUGUGCUCCGCAAGAACCGUGAUUCGCAACCUGGUCAUUGCUGGAAUGCGCCUCACGGGUGAUGAUUUCGGUGGAAAUCACAGGAUUGUAAAUCUCCCUGGAGUGACCACAACAGUACAGCAGAUGCUCGAUGCGCUGGCCGAGGUGGGCGGGCAGAAGGCCAUGGCUCUGGUGAAGGACGAAUAUGAUGAGAAGGUGUCAAAGAUUGUCAGUUCGUGGCCAGCCAUUUUUGACAUCACGCGAGCCAUAGACCUCGGAUUUCAGCAUGAUUGUUCUCUCGAGCAGACUCUAAGGGAUUACAUAGCAGACUAUCUUUCCUAA